AUGGCAGGUGUGUGUGUUCUCGGGUUCCUGCUGCUCUGUAGUGGAAUCAUCGCUUUAGAGGACUGUAAGUACCCAUCCUUAAUACCAGUUUCAUGGUCUUUCUCUGUCAAAGUCUGUGCAAAGAUGAAAAGGUGAUUUCUUUAGAGCUACGUCCAUAAGUCUGCUGACAGCUUUUAACCUGUAAUAUGAAAUUAGACAAGUGCGUCUAAUUGUAGCACUAAAUCAAGUGAAAAAUUAAAUUUGAUCCAAGAAUAGACUGAAAUAUUUUUUAAGCAAUCCAUCGUCAGGUACUAGAAUUAUAAAAACAUUACUCAGGAUCAAUACAGUUUUCUCUUUCUUUUUUUUUCAUUCACAUUUUUAAUGAAGAUUAAAACAUCUGGUGCUUUCUGUAGCCAAAUAUCCAAACUAUGUCCAACACAAGUCCUAUCCUCCUUUCUAAAUCUGAAGAGGCUCUCCAGAAUCUAAGGCUUUAACCAAAUUUUGAAAUAUUGGGGAAAUUCUGAAUUUCAAAAACCCUUUAAAAUAUUUCAAAAAACCUCCAUGUACCACAGCAAUUUGAUCUAAAAAGUGAUUUUCUGCUCUGCUAAACAAAAUCAUUUUAUUCCAAAAGAUAAAGAAUAAUUUAAGUAACAACAUGUUUGUACGAAAGAGGAUUAGGGCCACAUGACGAGAUAAAAAAAUAAUUACAGGAAAAUGAUUAAAGUCGAAAUUUUGAGAUUAAAAAUCAAAAUUUCGCCCUUAAUCACAAAAUUUCGAGAUUAAAGUCAAGAUUACAAGACAUAAGUUAACGCAAUAAAGAUGAAAUUUUGUGAACUAAGUCGUAAUGUUGAGAUUAAUGAUAAUAAAUCAAUAGCAUGCAAAAAAGCUUAAAUUUAAUGACAUAUGAAAACAAUUCUACCUUGUUUUUUUGUUUUCUAACCUCUAAACUGUGAUUGCUUUCUAGCUCAGAAUCCUACAUACUGUGAGUAUCUCUUUACUUCUUUUAAUACAUAACUUUGGCACUUCUUUUUUUUUUUUUAUGAUUUUACAAAUUCAUUCCUGUAACCUGCUGUAUUUUGAAUAUGACUCUUGAUGAAAGAUCAACACCUUCAAUGACAAACCUCAAUUACAACCAAAUUUAUCAAGAGACAUAUGCUCCCGUGUUCGAGCCUGUUCCGUACCAAAGCAUAUUUAUUUACCAAAAACAAAAAAAGAAGAAGCUCUGUUUUUCUUAGAAUUUUUUUUUUGUUUUUUUUUCUUUUUUUUUUCUUCUUUUUUUUGUUUUUAAUUAUUUUUCUUCUCUAUUUUAGACUUUUUUUUCAGACCCAACGAGAUACUUCAAAAUCCUGCGAGAAUCUCCUACUUCAUAUGACAUUAACCUACCGCCACUGCUCCAAAUCGGCAGAUUCUCCAGCUCCUAAAUAAUUUUGAAAAAAUUAAUAGUCUGAAAAAAAGGGGGAAAAGGUUUGAAAAAUGGGGGGAAAAGUAGGCCAAAAGAAGAAAAGGGAAAAAAUACCAAUCUGAAAAUAUAUUUAAAAAAAAGAAAGUCUGAAAACAAAAAAAAAAGUUACUUUCAAAAAAAGAGCUUUUUUUGUUACGGGUGAACACAUUGUGCUUCUGUAGUUCAGUAAUCAAUCUGAAAUUUCAAAUGUUAUUGGGGCCGUAAAGAUACCUGCAUCCCCUUCAAAAACAAUGAUGGUAACCUAUUGGGGGAUGGACGGCUUUAGUCUGACUUGAAGACUAAAAGCUAAGAAGCUAAGAGAAAAGAAAAUGGUUUUAAGAAGUCCAGUACACCAAUUAUCUUCACUAAGAAUUCACAUGAGAUAUCUAUAAAAUAUUAGCAUUUUUACUGUUAAAAUCAUGAGGGAUCUGCACAUCUAAGGAAACAUUUUUCAGUUUACAUGUUCCGCUGUUGACCACAGUUCUGUUUAUCAAAUAAACCACAUUUCAGCUAUGUGAGAAACAGGAAAGAGUCAGACGUCUUUAAUAUAAAGUAUGUGCAGUUACAGAACGCCACCCUAAUCUAUAAAUACAGGCAGUGCUAACAGUUCCUUACAAAAUCAGUGUAAUUACACUGUGAAGGUGUAAGAAAAUAGACCUUUAUUAUCUUGGUACAGCAGCUCAAAAGCAAAGGACAAGGGGAGUGUGAAAAUACACUCACAAAGUUUGAAUAGGACAAAAUUAAAAGGUGAAAAUAGAAAAAUAAAAAUAACAGUAAUCACAAAUGUAUACUUUGAAAUUAUUGUCAAAUUGAUGACUACACAGAGUUUCAGCAGGUUGUUAAAAACACAGAUAAAAGAUAAGAUGAAAGAUAGUGCAAAAGUCACAAAGCAGCUGCCAUGCAGUGUGAUGAUGAAGUGCGCUGUAACCAUAUCUAAUUUGUAAUUUUGAAGUUUGUGGUUUUUCCUCCUAUCAAACAAUCUAUUCUUUGGUGAGGCGAGGCAUAAAAUUAUGAUCUAGAUCCUCAAACACUAAAGGUGACAGGGACUCUCCCUGCUCUCCAUUUUGCAGUCACUCCUACAGACACUUUGCCCGCACCCAAAACCAACAAGACCACUGGUCCUCAGUCAAAAAAGCUUUCUCUGCCCUGACGGGAGCGGAACAUUGUAUAAGCCUAUCGGCUUUGUUCCCUCCUUGCACUGUUUUUAAUCUGUGCUCAAUAAAUAAAUACAAAUACAAAUCACUUCCACUGAGACCUCACUUCCAAGCACUGAGUCCAGCACCCAAGUGGCUCCUGUCACCCCAGGUUGGGAUUUUCUCAUUUCAAAGCCUGCUGUUUGUUCUUGUAGGACUGCAGUAAGAUUAUAUUCAACCCGUAGGUUUAGACAAAGUGACCAACACUGAAGACAAAAACAAGUCCUGUUGCUUGUUUUGUUUUUCUCAACUUGUUUUGCAGGAUCUUCAAUGUUGUACAACCAUGAAAUCAUAUUUUGUUUCUGUUUUUCUGUAAUCUUCUCCAGCCACCAACAUAACACAACCACCACCAACCAUCUCCACAAUGCGAGUACUGGUGCUUUUUUCCAGAUAUAAAACAAUGUUUAAUCUAUUGCUGUACAGUCUUUAUCUCUGUUUGAUUAUAACUAUCUUCAUCAACUGAAUCUGUACUCAGUGUUUAAGGUCUGCAGAGUCUAACAGCACUUAAAGUGAUUUGGGAUGUGAAAGUGUUCUUGUUAACGAUGAUCUCAGAUUAAUUUUUUCCAUAAGUGUUCCAGUAGGAUUGGGUUGUCGGCAAAAAACUGUUCCUGAAACACAUUUUGCUAUAAUGCAGUCCUGAAUCUCACUGGCAUUAACUGAUGACUGUUUAGCUUUUAAUAACCUCUUUGAGCAGAAAUCUGUAAGCAAAUACAGCUGAGGAUCUGCUCAUACGUCUCCAAACACUCAUUUCUAGUCUGACUGUAAACAACAGAAAUUAACAGAAAGUAAAUUCUUGGUGGGAAACUUUUUAAGGCUGAAAAAAAAAAAGUGAAAAGGAGCAGUGUUCUCAAUCUUUAUAAAUGUCCAUAACAAGCACCAGUCAAUCCCAGUACUGUCAUGGAGAUGUACGAUUAGUCCCACCAGAAACCAUGAGAAUACUGUCUGAUACAGGCUGAAAAGGUAAAUAUUAAAAGGAAAUUAAAGAAUGAGGAAACUUAGGAGUUAAAAGAUGUAAAAGAAGGCAUAUACAUGAGUGUUAUUUACUUUACUUUAAAAAAAACAAUUUGGGGGUUGAGUGGGUUUUUUCUCCACUUCAGUGUUUCAUGGCUAACAGAUAGCACCAACACAAGCCACCACAAAUUUUCUCCCCCAAAGUUUGACCUAAUCCAAAACUCCACACUCUCAGAUUUACAACUGCAAUCCAGCGAGAUGUGCAGACGUUCCUGUGAGGCUUACACAGAGUUCAUUGUGAAAUUGUUCAAAUAAGGAAUGGUUUUAUCCAGCCUCCAUGAAGUGCGCUGUAAUCAUAUCUAAUCUGUCAUUUUUGGUGGUAAUUUUGAAGUUGGUGUUUUUUCCUCUGAUCAAACAAUCUAUUCUUUUUUGAGGGGAGCAUAAAAUCAUCACCUGGUCUUUUUACUGUGACCUUGAUCCUCACAACCUUCUCAGGGGUCAGUGUUUGGUGCACAGUGGAGAGACGGAUCAGGCCGUUCUGCUGUGUACCACUGAUGCUGGUUUCUGUGAUUGGAUUAUGAUCAAAUUAGGUUUGUUCAUUGAGCUUACAAAGUUUUUGGCAUUUAUUAUAUAACCCUGAUUUUCUUGUGUGCAGGCUCUUACACCGUCUCAGCCAUCCAGUUUGGAAUAAGGAUUGACAUGACAAGCUUUAUCCGUGGUAACUACGAUGUAACCAUCACUGAUGAGUCUGGACCUCCGACUGAAGAGACCUUUCUGGCCUCCAACCAAAACUCAUCACAUGACAUCAAACACCUGAAGCCCUGCACUGAGUACCAGCAUGCUGUGGCAUUGAUUCAUAAGGAUGGCAGUAAAACCUGUAUCCACUCUAGAAAUGAAACUGCUGAACGAACUACUGGAACCAGUGAGUCUAAAUAACAACUGUUGUCUAAAUGUUUCUUGCUUUCUUUGUUAUUGGUGGACUGAGUAAAGAUGUCUGUGCAUCAUUUUUUUGUUUCAGAGAGCGGCGACGUUGAAGAAGGAAGCUGCAUCCCAGGAUAUGUUUGUUACAGGAGCGAUUGGGACAUCAGCUCUUUGUUGUCAGUGUCACAUCAAGUUAAAGAGUGCCAAAAUGACUCUACUCAGUUCUGUUUCAAACCUGCUGUCAACGAUAUUUGCACAAAUGUGACCACAAACUUCACUUCAGAAAACUGUACGGGCUCUCCCUUAAAACUCACCAAAGAGGUCCCUUUUGGUAUGUACGGUUCAGCUGUCCAAUAUAUUCAACAACGAUGCAUAAAUCUUUUUGUGCCAUGUUAAAUAUUGUUUGAUUUUCUGUUACAGAUUUUUUGGAUGGUAAUGACAUAAAACCAAAAGUCCCAACUAAACUUCCUGCAACAAUAGAAGAAGAAUUACCUCCAAACUGUGAUCUCACCGUUAAAUACAUCUGUCAGGGUGAGUGAUACGAAAAAGAAAAACUCUGUCUCAACAGCAGUAUGAUUUAAUUUAAGUCUAUAGAUGAGAAAAAGGAUCUGUGAGUCCCACUAAGACCCUCAUUCAUCCAGCAGUGAAGCUAACAGAGAUGUCGACUUUAGAAAUGUUGGUAAAAGUACAAAAGUCACUUCACUAGAAGCAGAAGUCACAUGACUUUAAUCUGAUGGUAUAAGAGGGAAUGAAGGUAUCGUUUUAAUCUCUGUGAUGAUUUUUUAAUCGUGCCGUGUUUGUGUUUUAUCAUGUUUUAAAUCCAGAGAUAAACACUCUCAGUCACACACACAAACACCAGUUGAUGAAGAAAUGUUUUUUUUUGUGGCCACAGAAAACGGCAAACCCAACGAGCCAAAGAGUCCGCCUGAGCUGGAGCCCUUCACAGAGUACAGCUGCACGGGUCAGAUCAACAAAGGCUACGCCACCAAAAACACAUCUACCAUCACGUUCAGCGUCGACUGUGGUAUGUUGACCUUCACUCUACUUCAGUGUAAUAACAACAAUCCUCUUGUAUGUAGAGAGAAGUCAGGAUACAGAGACUACAGCAGGUAAUGAGUUCAGUCUCAGAAAUCUGAUGUGUUCUUACAGAUCUUCAUCUAACAGUCAAAGUCACAGAGGUGACCGACACUUCCAUUCAGCUGAGCUGGACCACAGACAGUCAGAGAUGUAAAAAUGUCCUCCAGUAUCCAAAGCUUGGCUUCGACUGCAGUUGUGUCUCUCGAUAUGAUAGUAAGUAAAGAUGAUUUUAAGUGUCUCAGAAAUUCACUCAUACAUUUUCACACUGAAUUCAUUUUUGUGAAACUUUGACAACUCUGGUUUCUGGUCCGUUUACCUGAAGAGUGAAAUAAAGUUUAGACAUUUGAAGUUUCUCACCGCUGUUGUCACUAGAGACAUUUUGAUUUAGUUGUCCUCUCUGCUGAAAAAAGUAAACAUUUGAAAAAAUAUAUUUGCAGCUGAAAACUGGUGCACAAUUAUUUCACAUGAACACAUGCAUCAGAAUAAGUGCAGGGCCAGAGCAGGUAAACUAUCAGUGACUGAUUUGUCUCUAUAUGUCAGCCCUGCUUUUUUUAGUCAAACAAAAAAAGUUCAGUCAGGUGAGAGAAGUUAAUGAAUCACAGAUUGGGGUUAAUUUUACAGAGUUGAUGUGAUACUGAAUUAUUUUCAGGGUCUUUAACCUUUGAGCUGAUCAUAGAGAUGGGGUGACUGAAGGUGUCUGCCCUGAGCUUUAGUGACGUCUGUCUCUGUGGAGUUGGAGGUGAUGGUUGAUGUUGUCACCUGAUACUGAUGAGGUGAUGAAGCCGAUCAAACUGUAAAGACUGAGAGAGAUGGGAAGAGGAUGACUGUACAUAAUGAUAGGAUGAAUUUACUGUAGGAAGAAAAAGACGUAUUUAGAAAAGAGCAGCAGUUGAUGAGGGUCAUCAGAUAGAUGUGACCAGAACAGCUGAAGACCACAGGUGAUAUCAGAGAGAUUGUAAAGAAGUGAACACAACAAAAAAACAGAAGAAAAUAGUUUUCCUGACUGAACUUUUGCUAAAGCUUUAUUCAAUGAAACUGUGUUGCAGGCUCGACUCUGAAAUAUCCUGGAAGAACAUCAUGUAACGUCGGUGGCCUGAGACCGUUCACAGAGUAUACAUGUCAAGUUCGACCCUUCUAUGGUGGCAGGGAUAUUCAUCAACCAACCUCUGUUGGAAAACAAAAGACUAAAGCUGGCAGUAAGUGUCUAAAAACCUUCUCUUUUAGUGACAGUAACAGUCAACAUGAAUAAAAACAAAAACAGACUGUUCAGUGUAAAGACUCUUCAAAGUUUGAGAAGUUACAACAACUCUGCAUCUGAUGACGUGAAUGUCUGUUUGAAAGUCAGUAUCUGUGUAAGAGAACAAACUUUAUUACCGACUCUUUACGGUCAGUUAUUUAAUGAAUGAAACAGGAUUGCUGUUGAUGCUUUUUUAUCUUUAGCAAUGAUCAAUAAAAGUGAAGCUCUAAUGAUCUGUGGAGUAGAGGCCAUUUUCAGAAUAAGAGGAUAUUAUGAUUAUAAUCUUCUGACUCGACUGUGGGGUCAUGAUCCGAGUUAUUCUCUGAAACUGUUUUUUUCUUUUCUUUGCAGAACCAGAAGAUAUCAGUUCCAUGGUGGUGACUGUUCCAGAGAAUAAUGUGAUAAAAGUAUCCUGUAAGCAUCAUGGAGAUUUCAAGGGACCUGACAGGAUAUUCAAAGCAAGUCUUAAAAAUGGUGCCACUGUGGUAAAAACAUUUGAAAAAAAAGACUGCAAGUUUGAGUUCAGAGACUUGAGCUACUCCACAACAUACGGUCUGCAGGUUUGUUUAAUCCUAAUUUUUUUUUUUACAAGACUAUCUUUUAAUCUAACUUCUCUUAUUUCUUAAAUUCUAUAAUUCCUGAUCAGGAGUUUCUGUUUUUCCAGGUGUUUCCUUUCAACGGGGAACUUACAGGCAACUCAAAGAUAAAAGAUGUGGACACUCUCUGUAUGAGCUCUUUACAUUUUAUACAAGUGUAAUCUUAUCUACAUUUUAAUCUCAAACAUAAACCGUUAAAAAAACAAAAAUCCUGUCACUUCACAGAUAAUGACAAAGCUCUGACCGGGUUCCUCAUUUUCCUCAUCACCCUGAUGCUUGUGGCCCUGUUGCUGGCUGUCAUAAUAAAACGCAGAAAGUCCCGGUAAGAAUCCUUCAGUCUAAUCUUCUCUUACAUCAUCUUAAUCCUGGUUUUAGAGUUUUUCUGUGAUGACAUCUUCAUCUACAGUCCAUCAAAGUGACAUUAUUAUCGGUGAAUGCGCUGAUCAUCUCUUUAUCUCAUCCCUUAUUAAACACAGAUAAUAUGUCUUUGAUAAAAAUGUCCUGACUUUGUCAUUUUUGUUUUAACCAUCAUUUAACAGACAAUAACCAUGCUGUUAUCAUGAAUCUUGUCUUCAUCAUCGUCUUGUUGGUGCUUGUCUUACCUAUGGUGGUCCAUGUUGUGAGGGGGAGAGGGCUUAAAAAGUUAUGACCCCUUUACAUCCUUUCCUGUGUUAGUUUGACUAUGACAUCGCUGCUGGUUUUCAGUACAGUUAGUUAGGGACUUUAAACUUUACUUCAGCUGAACUCAAUCCUAUAUAAAUCUGAUUAGUCAGGUCACAUAAAGAAAUGAAACAUGGUCAUGAGUCAUAUUUCUUAACAUUAUCUUACAUAAAUCAGAUCUCCCCUUUUUUUCCACAGUAAUGUCAACAGAGACGAGAUGCUCCAGUCAACCACAAGUGAGUCUGUUUUCCUUUUCUUUUUGUUGGCUCUGCACUAAUCUCUAACAAAGGUUACCUGCCAUUUCCUGUUGUCUUUUUUGUAGUUUACAUGAACGUGCCUCGAUUUCACAUGCAUCGGUAAAAAAUCUCUGAUGGAAAAAGGCCUGAUGGAGCAUGGAAGGACCAAACCCUUGAUUCCCAUUCAUUUGUUCUUUGUGUGAUUGUUUGCUCUGUCAUAUAAUCUGUGAUAGUGCAAUCCAAGUCAACGCUGUCUGCCGUCUCACUCAAAUUCUUGUUUGAUUAGCUAGCUUUCCAAAUGUUUACUUUUUUGCUGGUUCACAACCACCUGAUAUGAAGUAAGAGAAAACAGAAUUAGUGAAGAUGCUUCAGGGAUUUUCUGCUUUGUGAUGACAAAAGGAAAAUAGAGUCUUUUGUUCAGUAACUGUGUUCAGGAUUACUUUUAUGAGGAAAAAAAGUAAUCCAAUUACUUUGGCUUAUUAUUUUGUAAAACAUUACUCCUAUUUUGUUUGUGAAUUUUAAUAAUUUCAUCUUUAAAAUCAUUGUGUGUACGAAUACAUAAGAUCUGAUAUGAUAUAUGAGCUUAUUUUUGGCACAAAUGUGAUAAGCGUAAUAAACACUGCAGGCUUGUGUGCGACUUUGUUGUUUAAUAAAUACAUUUUAAAAAAAGCUUAAUUUGAUGCUAUCAAAUUUUGUUAUGACAACGUGCUGCAUGCAGUUUUGUUGAAAACGUUCAAAUUUCCAGAGUUUACGUCUCUAUCGUAUAUAGGCUACUUUCAAAGAGACUGCUUCAUGUCUUUCUCUGAAACUUUUAAAACACCGAGACAACUUUUUGUUUACUUGCCGACUAUAAAUUUUCUGAUUGACAGGCACAGAAAGCACAAAUCUUUCAAUUUUAGCAUGUUCACAUUUUGUUUCAGGACAUCGUCACUCUCAGUCUGGUACAGUAAAUGUGCUGUUCAAUAAUGCCAUGAUGAAGUUAUGCAACAGGAGGGACAGCUAAAUGUCCAUAUGAAGGUCAACGGGUCUAUCGUGCGCUUUUGAUGACGGUAAAUGGGGUGAGAAUGAUGAUAUCAAAUAAUGAGAAUAACAGGAAGGCUGAAAUGUUGUUAGAUAUUAUAACUAGAAAGCACUCGGAGAGCGCAGACCUCCACCAAGCAGCUCAUGUCCCCCUUAUAUUGUGAUUCACACCAAAACUUUUACUGUUAUGUGUCUUUUAUUAACUUUUAUUUGUGUUUAAACUGGUAUGUUCACUGUUCAUAAUGUUCCUAAAACAAGAAAUGCCCAGGACCUUCUGGUUGUGAGGCGACAGUGCUAACCACUACACCACUGUGCCACCCAUUGGUUAUCUUUCAGCAUUGAAAAUUCCAACGACACCCUUAUUUUUGUGUGUUCUGGAUCACAGUAUCCGGAAUUUUGUCUGGAUCAGGAUCAACCUUUGGCACCUCAUAAAACUCAUUGAGAUCCUUUUGUGUAUUUUUUUUACUAAAGACUCUGGACAUUUUUAUAGAGUUAAAUGCAAAAAAUCCAAAAUUUGCCCUCUCUCACAAUGAUAAAGAAUCCUUCAAAAAAUUCCUGGAUCCAGAAACUUCCUGUAAUGCAGGCAACAAACAGCCUGUUCCAGUAAAAAUUAAAAAAAUGAUGUGAAAAGCUGUCAAAAGCUUCAGGCACUCACUUUAAUGUCCAAACAAAAACUUGAAAGCUUUAUUGCAAUGCUUAGCAUACAAGACAUUUGUGACGCAGGUUUUAAUUUCCACAUUAAAUGUUGGGAAAGAAAACACCCAAAAUACUAAAUCAAAAAAUAUCUAUUUCAGGUUCUCAUUUUCUGUAGGGGAAAAAGUGGACGAUUACAUCCCAUCCUCGGAUAGCCGUGGAAAAAUGUAAACUGAGCAAAGACCAAAAACAGAUCAGGGAACUGCAAUGAGGAAUAAAGUGACUGUGUUUAAAACAACCUCACUGUGAGGAUUUGAAAAAUGUGGAAACUAUCCACAUUUCUGUGCAUAAAGACAAACUAUCCACAUUGUAACACAGAAAUCUUUAAGGCUCUUUUGCUAUGUACAGUAAAACAAAGUUAGUCCCAGUGUCGCUUGUUCUCUUUCAUAAGAACAGUCUCUGGUUUACUUCCGUCAAGAGUCUAACUUUAAACUGCUCUUUACAUGAAUUUCCUCUUUGGUAUCUCAGCUGUGGACAGAAGGUAGGUAGUUAAGCUGCGAUUUGUCUAUAAUAUGGAUGGUUACACAAGGAAAGGAUCUGCUCACUCACCGACAUAUCUGUUACUUAAUACGACAACUGGACUGCAAACUUACACAGCAACACAAGAACAAUAUUUUCUUCCUCUCUGGUGGGUCAAAUGCAUCCACUGGACCAUGAUAAGAACUUAGAUUUUACUCAUGCCUUUAUUGUGAUUUUUACGCCCCUAAAAAACCCCAGAGUCGAACCAUGGAGGAACAUUUUGGUAUCAGUGAUACUGACCAAUUUAUAUUUAACUUUCUGUUUCAACUAUGUGAUCCUCCUUGAAGUAAUGGGCCAUGGUUUUUUGGGUGGCAGGUGGACUGUUUGCUGAAUAUCAACACAAAAACUAGUACAAAAGACAUAAGGGCACACUGAAAUGGAAGCAAUCACCUCUUUUUUACCACAGGUAUGUGACUAAUAUGGUACCUGACUCUUCUGAACAUCAGGAGACAUAUACAGAGUAGCUAUUAGACAGAAAGACAAAAUAUGUGUGGCUUUGACAAUUCAGGAUUUCCUGUUUGCAGUAUCAGAAAAGCUGUGUGGUGUGCAUGAAUCUCCCAUCACAUCCUGCACAUAGCUGAACAGUCUCAGAUAUGGCAGGUGUGUGUGUUCUCGGGUUCCUGCUGCUAUGUAGUGGAAUCAUCGCUUCAGUGGACUGUAAGUAACCAUCCUUAAUAUCAGUUUCAUGGUCUUUCUCUGACAAAGUCUGUGCAAAAUGAAAAGAUGAUUUCUUUAAAGCUACGUCCAUAAGUCUGCUGACAGCUUUUAACCUGUAAUAUGAAAUUAGAUAAGUGCGUCUAAUUGUAGCACUAAAUCAAGUGAAAAAUUAAAUUUGAUCCAAGAAUAGACUAAAAUAUUUUUUAAGCCAUCCAUCGUCAGGUACUAGAAUUAUAAAAACAUUACUCAGGAUCAAUACAGUUUUCGCGUUCUUUUUUUUUCAUUCACAUUUUUAAUGAAGAUUAAAACAUCUGGUGCUUUCUGUAGCCAAAUAUCCAAACUAUGUCCAACACAAGUCCGAUCCUCCUUUCUAAAUCUGAAGAGGCUCUCCAGAAUCUAAGGCUUUAACCACAUUUUGAAAUAUUGGGGAAAUUCUGAAUUUCCCCAACUGCACUUCUACUUCACCAGUGACUGAUUUACGGGUGUAAAAAAAAUCCAAAUCAGCUUUUGAAGAGAAUCCAUUCAAUUAAAAAUAAGAAGCAAAAUAAAUCAGAAAUCAUACAGCUUAUGCAAAUGAAUUUAAAAUAUUUAAAUUGCUUUUUAAUUCUCAUUAAAAAAAAAGUAAGUGUGCCGCACCCAAAGAUUAUUUCAGGAGUUGCAUGAACACAAGCCAUUAAAAAGACUGAAGUGGAUCAGUGAGACAUCAGGACUUAGUUUGAAGCUUAAAGAAAAAAUGUAUUUUUGAUUUUUAAUGAAGGGGUUUCUCAUGUCAUAUGAAUAUACAGUAUUUACUAAUUUCUCAUUCCUGACAUUAAAUUAUUACAUUUAAAUCCUUCUCUACUAUUUCCAAGACACUCAAGUAGAAACCUUUAAGUUGUUUUAGUACGUAAUAAUACAGAAAUCUUCAUUGUGAAUUGAUAAUAAUCCGUCUCAAUGGGGAAAAUACAGAAUAAAUCAAAUGUAAAGAAUACAAAAAAAAAACCUUUAAAAUAUUUUAAAAAACCUGCAUGAACCACAGCAAUUUGAUCUAAAAAGUGAUUUUCUGCUCUGCUAAACAAAACAAAAUCUUUUUUUCCAGAAAAUAAAGAAUAAUUUAAGUAACGAAAUGUUUGUAUGAAAGAGGAUUAGGGCCACAUGACGAGAUAAAAAAAUAAUUACAGGAAAAAGAUUAAAGUCGACAUUUUGAGAUUAAAAAUCAAAAUUUCGACUUAAAUCACAAAAUUUCGAGAUUUAAAGAAAAUUACAAUUUGUUAUUAAGGUCGAAAUUUCGAGAUUAAAGUCAAAAUUACAAGAUAAAAGUUAACGCAAUAAAGAUGAAAUUUUGUGAACUAAGUCGUAAUGUUGAGAUUAAUGAUAAUAAAUCAAUAGCAUUCAAAAAAAUCCUAUAAAUAAAAAAAACCUUCAGUGUUUUUUACUUCAGUUUUUCUCUAGGAGUUAUGCUGUGAGCUUUAGAGUGGAUUAACGUUCUGAUUGAUUUUUAGCAAAUUGCGAAACUCAUAUAGCUUAAAUUUAAUGACAUAUGAAAACGAUUCUGCCUUGUUUUUUUGUUUUCUAACCUCUAAACUGUGAUUGCUUUCUAGCUCAGAAUCCUACAAAAUUUGAGAAUCAUUUACUUCUUUUAAUACAUAACUUUGGCACUUCUUUUUUUUUUUAUGAUUUUACAAAUUCAUUCCUGUAACCUGCUGUAUUUUGAAUAUGACUCUUGAAGAAAGAUCAACACCUUCAAUGACAAACCUCAAUUAUAACCAAAUUUAUCAAGAGACAUAUGCUACUGUGUUCGAGCCUGUUCCGUACCAAAGCAUAUUUAUUUACCAAAAACAAAAAAAGAAGAAGCUCUGUUUUUCUUAGAAUUUUUUUUUGUUUGUUUGUUUUCUUUCUUUUUUUUUUUUUUUUUAGUUAUUAUUUUUCUUCUUUAUUUUUAGACUUUUUUUUGGACCCAACGAGAUACUUUAAAAUCCUGCAAGAAUCUCCUACUUCAUAUGACAUUAACCUACCGCCACUGCUCGAAAUCGGCAGAUUCUCCAGCUCCUAAAUAAUUUUGAAAAAAUUAACAGUCUGAAAAAAAAGGGGAGAAAAAGGUUUGAAAAACAGGAGAAAAAGUAGGCCAGAAGAAGAAAGGGAAAAAAUACCAGUCUGAAAACAUAAAAAAAAAAAAAAAAAAAAGUUGAAAUACAAAAAAAAAGUUACUUUCAAAAAAAGAGCUUUUUUGUUACGGGUGAACACAUCGUGCUCAUUGUGCUUCUGUAGCUCAGUAAUCAAUCUGAAAUUUCAAAUGUUAUCGAGCCGUAAAGAUACCAGCAUCCCCUUCAAAAACAAUGAUGGUAACCUAUUCGGGGAUGGACGGCUUUAGUCUGACUUUAGUUCAAAUGAAGCUAAGAGGAAAGAAAAUGGUUUUAAGAAGUCCAGUACGCCAAUUAUGUUCAGUAAGAAUUCACAUGAGAUACCUAUAAAAUAUUAGCAUUUUUACUGUUAAAAUCAUGAGGGAACGUCUCAUUUAAGUGAACCAUCUGCACAUCUAAGGAAACACUUUUCAGUUUACAUGUUCCGCUGUUGACCACAGUUCUGCUUAUCAAAUAAACCACAGUUCAGCUAUGUGAGAAACAGGAAAGAGUCAGACGUCUUUAAUAUAAAGUAUGUGCAGUUACAGAACGCCACCCUAAUCUAUAAAUACAAGUGGUGCUAACAGUUCCUUACAAAAUCAGUGUAAUUACACCGUGAAGGUGUAAGAAAAUAGACCUUUAUUAUCUUGGUACAGCAGCUCAAAAGCAAGGGACAAGGGGAGUGUGAAAAUGCACUCACAAAGUUUGAAUAGGACACCAUUAAAAGGUGAAAAUAGAAAAAUACAAAAUAAAAAUAACAGUAAUCACAAAUUUAUACUUUGAAACUAUUGUCAAAUUGGUUACUGCGCAGUUUCAGCAGGUUAAAAACACAGAUAAAAGUGAAGAUAAAAGAUGCCUGCAGCUGCCAUGCAGUGUGAUGAGACAGGAUGAUUAUGGAGCAGUGUCUGUGCGGAGGUCCAGCCUCCAUGAAGUGCGCUGUAACCAUAUCUAAUUUGUAAUUUUGCAGUUUGUGGUUUUUCCUCCUAUCAAACAAUCUAUUCUUUGGUGAGGUGAGGCAUAAAAUUAUCAUCUGGUCUUUUUAAUGUGAUCUAGAUCCUCAAAUACUAGAGGUGACGGUGACUCUCCCUGCUCUCCAUCUUGCAGUCACUCCUGCAAACACUUUGCCCGCACCCGAAACCAACAAGACCACUGGCCCCCAGUCAAACAUUGAUGCCACUCAGGGAAUAUGAUAAUGACAUUGUGUUUGGCUAGACUCAUGUUUCCUCAUAAUGUGAAUGUUUCAGCUCCCUCACCCUCACACGACUCAAACCCAACCUCACCUCCAGUCACCACUUCACCUGGCAAAUCCACACCUCCAAGCAACAUGACAGCUGCUCCUGUCAUGUCUCCCAGCACCUCAAAAACCGAUCCCGAAUCCAGUAUAUAUUCUUACCCUGUUUACAACUUAUAGCACAGAUCGAUACUUCUCUACUCUUCAAUGUGUUUCUAUGACACUGGCCUCUGUAAAAAAGGAGCAGGAGAUAAAUCCUUGUAUUGUAGCAUUGACCUCACAUUAUCUCCUGGCAUUACAUACAGGGUUAUAGGUGACUUCUCAAGUUAUCAGCUGUGUGCUCUUUUGUAUCUUAGAUGUUUUCAACCUGUAGCCAGCGUUGUAGUCGAGUCACCGAACUUUGAGUCCAAGUGGAGUCACAAGUUCUCACUGUACAAGCCAGAGCUGAGUCCACCUAUAAGACUGAUUGGGAAAUAGUGAGAAUAAACUUAUAAUGGUGUCUCAAACAUCCCAAGCUGAGAGUAGGAAAUAUAAUCUGUGUGAAUACGAUCUACAGCAGCCAUCUUUGUGUAGAGAAGCAAUGCUAAAAAAAACACUGUAGCGCUCUUUUGUUGGCAUGACUAACAUUUUCUUGUAUUGCAGAUGUUCCUACUUCCUUACCUACACCUUCACCCUCCAUCACAAUCAAUGCUUUCCCUCCAGACACCAGUUCAGCUGGCAACUCCUUAUUUCAGCUCAUCACGACAGCAGUUCCUACCACCACGUUCAGCGUUGACUGUGGUAUGUUGACCUUCACUCUACUUCAGUUUAACUUCAACAAUCCUCUUGUAUUUAGAGAGAAGUCAGGAUACAAAGACUACAGCAGGUAAUGAGUUCAGUCACAGAAAUCUGAUGUGUUCUUACAGAUCUUAAACUAAGAGUCAAAGUCACAGAGGUGACCAACACUUCCAUUCAGCUGAGCUGGACCACAGACAGUCAGAGAUGUGAAAAUGUCCUCCAGUAUCCAAAGCUCAGCUUCGACUGCAGUUGUGUCUCUGGAUAUUACAGUAAGUAAAGAUGAUUUUAAGUGUCUCAGAAAUUCACUCAUACAUUUUCACACUGAAUUCAUUUUUGUGAAAAUUUGACAACUCUGGUUUCUGGUCCGUUUACCUGAAGAGUGAAAUAAAGUUUGGACAUUUUAAGUUUCUCACCGCUGUUGUCACUAGAAACAUUUUGAUUUAGUUGUCCUCUCUGCUGAAAAAAGUAAACAUUUGAAAAAAUAUAUUUGCAGCUGAAAACUGGUGCACAAUUAUUUCACAUGAACACAUGCAUCAGAAUAAGUGCAGGGCCGGAGCAGGUAAACUAUCAGUGACUGAUUUGUUGAUUGAUUGAUAUAUUUCUUCCUACUUAACUAAGAAACCAAUUUACUGCAGAAUAUUCCUUUAUUUCAUCUCAGUUAUUUUUUUUUAGCCAAACAUAAAAAAGUUCAAUCAGGCGAGAGAAGUGAAUGAAUCACAGAUUGGGGUUAAUUUUACAGAGUUAAUGUGAUAUUGAAUUAUUUUCAGGGUCUUUAACCUUUGAGCUGAUCAUAGAGAUGGGGUGACUGAAGGUGUCUGCCCUGAGCUUUAGUGACGUCUGUCUCUGUGGAGUUGGAGGUGAUGGUUGAUGUUGUCACCUGAUACUGAUGAGAUGAUGAAGCCGAUCAAACUGUAAAGACUGAGAGAGAUGGGAAGUGGAUGACUGUACAUAAUGAUAGGAUGAAUUUACUGGAGGAAGAAAAAGACGUAUGUAGAAAAGAGCAGCAGUUGAUGAGGGUCAUCAGAUAGAUGUGACCAGAACAGCUGAAGACCACAGGUGAUAUCAGAGAGUUUGUAAAGAAGUGAACACAACAAAAAACAGAAGAAAAUAGUUUUCCUGACUGAACUUUUGCUAAAGCUUUAUUCAAUGAAACUGUGUUGCAGGCUCGACUCUGAAAUGUUCUGGAGCAUCAUGUAACGUCCGUGACCUGAGCCCGUACACAGACUAUACAUGUCAAGUUCGACCCCUCUAUGAUGGCAGGAAUCUUCGUCUACCAAAUCAACCAACCCCUGUUCGACCAAUAAAGACUAAAGCUGGCAGUAAGUGUCUAAAAACCGUCAGCAGUCAACAUGAAUAAAAACAAAAACAGACUGUUCAGUGUAAAGACUCUUCAAGUUUGAGAAGUUACAACAACUCUGCAUCUGAUGACGUGAAUGUCUGUUUGAAAGUCAGUAUCUGUGUAAGAGAACAAACUUUAUUACCGACUCUUUACGGUCAGUUAUUUAAUGAAUGAAACAGGAUUGCUGUUGAUGCUUUUUUAUCUUUAGCAAUGAUCAAUAAAAGUGAAGCUCUAAUGAUCUGUGGAGGCCAUUUUCAGAAUAAGAGGAUAUUAUGAGUAUAAUCUUCUGACUCGACUGUGGGGUCAUGAUCCGAGUUAUUCUCUGAAACUGUGUGACACUGAGAUGUAAAUGAAGUUUUUUUCUUUUCUUUGCAGAACCAGAUGAUAUCAGUUCCAUGGUGGUGACUGUUCCAGAGAAUAAUGUGAUAAAAGUAUCCUGUGACUAUCAUGGAGAUAUCAAGGGACCUGAAGAGAUAUUCAAAGCAACUCUUAAAAAUGGUGCCACUGUGAUAACACAAGAAAACAGAAAGUGCAAGUUUGAGUUCAGAGACCUGAGCUACUCCACAACAUACCGUCUGCAGGUUUGUUUAAUCCUGAUUAUUUUUUUUUACAAGACUAUCUUUUAAUCGAACUUCUCUUAUUUCUUAAAUUCUAUAAUUCCUGAUCAAGAGUUUCUGUUUUUCCAGGUGUCUCCUUACAACGGGGAACUUACUGGCAACUCAAAGAUAAAAGAUGUGGACACUUUCUGUAUGGGCGCUUUUAAUUUUAUACAAGUGUAAUCUUAUGUACAUUUUAAUUUCAAACAUAAACCUUAAAAAAAAAAAAAAAAAUCCUGUCACUUCACAGACAAUGACAAAGCUCUGAUCGGGUUCCUCAUUUCCCUCAUCACCCUGCUGCCUGUGGCCCUGGUGUUGGUUGUCAUACUGAAAUGCAGAAUGUCCCGGUAA